CAUCACGACAACCCUCCGUUUCGUAAACCAUGGGUCUCUUGUGCGUAUAGCCCGUUUUAUAUCCUGCCCGCACCACACAUACACAUCUCACCACACCGCUUCGCUCUCGUCUAUGUAUGGCGUCAUGCUGAUAUUCUGCAAAGGGCGCUGGGAACGGCCUUGGAUUGGCCAGAGGCGAAGACGAAGGCUCAUCAUGUCAGGGCCUGGGGCAUCAAGCAAUUGCUGGAGAUAUGGAAUAAGGCCAAGGUCAAGGAGAGAGAUGCCAUGCUUUGGGGUGACGAGGUCGAGUACCUUGUCGUGACAUAUUCCAAAGAUGACCCCAAGGUUUUGCUCUCUUUGAGGCAGGCUGAUAUCCUCGCUGCUCUGGCUGGAGACAAAGAUCUGGCCAAGGAGGUUACGCCCCCUGCCUCCCCCGUCUUCCAUCCCGAAUUCGGCAGAUUUAUGCUCGAAGCGACCCCUGGUAAGCCAUGGGGCAUCGACUUCAAGGAGCUCUUGCAUGUUGAGCCUGAUAUGAAGUUGAGGUAUGUACACCAGUCAGCUCGAGUAAGAAUCCUUCUUCUAACACGACGCAGGCGAGCCAUUGCAAAGGAUCACAUGUUGCCUAAUGAGUACCCAAUCACCUUGACAACCUUCCCCAGGAUAGGUAGCCCUGGCGUUUUCACUGAACCCCAUUAUCCAGUCUCGGGACCCAAACUGAGGUCACAAUUUGUCCCCGAUGAAAUCGCCAAUCCUCACAUUCGUUUCCCAACGCUCGCUGCCAACAUUCGAUCCCGGCGUGGCCGCAAAGUACAGGUCAACGUACCUGUGUUCAGAGAUGAGAACACGCCAUGGCCGUGGAAGGACCCAACUGUCAACUACGACCUUCACAACUGGCCCGAAGACGACGACGUCCGGAAUGGCGCCGCGCCAGACAACUUUAUUCACAUGGAUGCCAUGGCGUUCGGCAUGGGCUCUUGCUGUCUUCAGAUCACCUUCCAAGCAAAGAACAUCACCGAGGGUAGAAAGAUGUACGACCAGCUCUCACCCCUCGGCCCCAUCCUCCUGGCGCUGACGGCUGCCACACCAAUCUACAAGGGUUUCCUCGCCGAUACCGAUGUGAGGUGGAAUCAGAUCAGCAAAGCUGUUGAUGAUCGCACUGCCGAAGAAUUAGGCGAGAAGCCUCUACAAAACGACCGCUGGCGUAUUCCCAAGUCGAGAUAUGCCUCCAACUCGACCUACAUCUCCGAAGACCCCAGGCUGAGGGAAGAAUACCUCGACCCCAACCUAGUCAUCGACCCCGAAAUCAAGCAGCAGCUCCUCGACGGCGGCAUGGACGACCGCCUCGCCACCCACUUCGCUCACCUCUUCAUCCGCGACCCCAUCGUCAUCUUCAACGAAGACCUGGAAGUCCUCGACCUCUCCAAGACGGACCACUUUGAGAACAUCCAAAGCACCAACUGGCAGCACAUGCGCUUCAAGCCUCCCCCAGCGGACAACAACAUCGGAUGGAGGGUAGAGUUCCGCCCAAUGGAGAUUCAAAUUACCGAUUUCGAAAACGCGGCCUUUUCGGUCUUUAUGGUCCUCAUCACGAGGGUGAUUUUGUCGUUUGACCUCAAUUUCUACAUCCCCAUCACCAAAGUCGACGAAAACAUGGAGACCGCCCACAAGCGGGAUGCUGUCCUUCAGGAGAAGUUUUGGUUUAGGCGUAACCUCUUCUCCUCCCGGCCGUCGAGGGGCUCAGGCUCAGGCACCAACACCCCCCGCUCUGGUGGCGGUGGCAGCAGGGCCAACUCGCGCCCUCCGUCGCCUGUUGGUCCGGUGGAGGAUGAGUACAAGCUCAUGACUGUCAACGAGGUCAUCAAUGGCGACGAGGAGGGGGAGUUUCCGGGUUUGAUCCCGCUUGUGGAGAGUUAUCUGGACUCGGUCAAUGUGGACGUGGCGACCAGGUGUCAGUUGGCGAGGUAUUUGGACUUGAUCAGGAAGAGGGCGAAUGGGGAGUUGUGGACGGCGGCGAGGUGGAUUAGGGAGUUUGUCAAGGGGCACGAGGGGUACAGGAGGGAUAGUGUGGUUAGUGAGGAGGUGAACAAGGAUUUGGUGGGCAAGGUGAUUGAGAUUGGAGAGAGGGAGGCGAGGGGGGAGGGGUUUAAAGGGCUGGGUAGGGGGGUUGAGAAACUGCUGGGGGGGUUUUAG